CCGACAUGAUCGCGAAAGUCACCUUUACUUUCCACUUACCUUUAUACUUGCCCUUCUACAAGGAGAAUAUAUUCAUUUGAGGACUCAUAAACAAGCCCGCCACGUCUUCCCGUUGAAUAGAUUGAACUCUGCUAUGGAUUCCCCCAAUACCUUUCCUUAUACAAAGGGCCACAGACUUCGCAUAUCCUCCCAUGUUGCUCCUGCGCCAACGCCGGUAACCAUAGAUUGCUGCCGUGAUGGACAAGCCGGAAGAGAAGAACGAGCCCGGCUUACUCCUUUGCAAAGAUGCAUCGAACAUCCCCCUCUACCUGGAAACUCGGGGUCUGAAUCGGCCGACCUGGAAAUACUUGAUCCGCUAAAAGUUGGAGAAGCCCACAACGCGCAAGUUUUCAUCGCCGAAAUGCAUGAAACUGGGACUACCGAUCAUGCAAAGAACAAGGUCGUGGCCAAAGUGUAUGACCCUCUUUACUUCGAUGAUCAAGACGGAUACCUCAAUCCUUUUCGAUGUGUGGACAAACACUACACUCAUGAGGUUCAUACAUACACCCUACUUGCCCAUCUUCAGGGCAGUCUUAUCCCAAAGUUUUAUGGGUCGUUUUCCCUUGAAAUUCCGGGACCAGGGUCUACAUUCCGCGGUGUUCGACUUAUUGUGAUCGAAUACAUUCCUGGACUAUCCAUGUUGCAGGCUCAUCCAGAAAAUUAUCCUUCGCCUUGCCGCCAGCAAAUCGUGAAAUCAGUGAUAGACUUCGAAAGUCGAGCUUAUGAACGUGACAUUGUUCUCACCGAUCUGUGUCCAAGAAAUGUGAUGUUACUUGACCCUAAUGACUACCCACAAAGGACGAUUGUGUUCUUGGACUUUGGGGGAGCAAUUUUUGGGCGCAGGUUAGACGGGCCUAGGACAAUCCGCUCGAAUCUAUUUCUUGGUCAAUACAUAAGUCCGCUCGUGCGAUGGAGCUCAUCUAUGUCAUUCCUUUUCAGCGACUGGAUUGAUUGGGAGAUGAGACCCUGGAUUGAAGCUGAAUAUUCCCAUGAAGUCGCGUCUGUCACAGAGGAAAUGAGAAAGAAGUUUAGUUACAAUCUUACUUGAUGUAUCACUGCAAUUAGUGCAAUACAGA